GCCAACACAGCUCAGAAUAGAGUUGGGAAUUUCCUUUAGAUUACAAUUGAACGACCUGAAAAGAACUCCUUCCUGAAAUGGUGACUCAGCAAAUAGGUCAAGAUACAAAUUUAUGUAUGAAUAAUGAGACACAAAAUAAGUUCCACCCUGGAGUAGAUACAAACUUCAAUUGCCUCUUACUCCUAGAGACCUUCAUCAUUAUUAUUUCUCUGUUCAUAAAGGAAUAUCGUGAUAGUGGAGCAAGGAGGGAAGAAACUAAGCAAAAGACAGAACUUGAGAAAAGUAAUGGAGCACUUCUGGAAGAAAUUGGGGAACUUCAUGGAAAAAUUGCUAGGAGGAAGGCUCAAUACAAGUUCGACUGGAGGAAGGCACAAUUAUAUGCUGAUUGGAGGAAAGAAUUGUUCCAGGCUGUAAAUGUGACCCUGGAUGCAGCCACUGCCCAUCCUUCCCUCCUCCUGUCUGAAGACAGGAGACAAGUAACCUGGCAAGAAGAACAUCAAGAUCUACCUAGCUCCACCCAGAGAUUCCACUCCUAUCCCUGUGUGCUGGGUCAACUGCACAUCAGCUCUGGGAGAGCCCACUGGGAAGUUAAGGUCGAGGGUGCACUUUCCUGGGACCUGGGAAUUUGUAUAGAUAAUGUAACAAGGAAGGGGAGCAUCACAGUGUCCCCACAGAAUGGUUUCUGGGCCAUCAGGCUCUAUAAGGGAGAGUACUGGGCCCUCACCUCCCCAGAAACCUGUCUUACUAUAAGAGAAAAGCCCCUCAGUGUGGGGAUAUUCCUGGAUUAUGAUGCUGGAGAUGUAUCCUACUAUAAUAUGACAGAUGGAUCCCACAUUUUCUCCUUUACCCAGAUAACAUUCAGUCGUGCUAUAAGACCACUUUUCAGGCUUUGGUCUCCCGACUCAGGUUCCCUAACCAUCUGUCCAUGGAGGUAAUGUUUAAUUCAUUUAUGAGAAUUAUAUGAGAAAUAUAUGAGAAACGAUUAUUUUUGGCCCCAGUGAUGAUUAUAAUUCUCUCCCAAGGAGAUGCUAAUUGAUGCUUAAUUGUAAAUUACUGGAAAUAGAAAGAUUUUAGUUAAAGCUCAUAACUUACUACUUUGACCUUCUGAAGUAAAUGAUAAAAUCCAAGACGAUAGAUUUUUAAAGCUAUUUUGGAAAGUCCUACCAAUUAAUAGCUAAAUUAAAGUUUGUUAAAGGCAAAGAAUUAGAAAUAAUUUGAAUUGCAAAUGAUUAUACCCAAGGAGAUGCUAAUUGAUAUUUUCCUUCAUCUUACUGAUCCAUUGUUAUGAUUGUCUGAGACACAGACUGUGAUUGCCCCUCAUAUCAAUUCUCCCUUCUUCCAGUUAUAGAUGUUUUCAUACAAUUACCUUGACCUAUGACAUCCCCAUAUGAACAUUAGAUUUUUUUACCUUCACUUGCUGCAUGUGACUAAUUGAUGGCUGGUGUGUUAUAAACUAAUUAUUCUGUAUGAUUCCUGGAAUGUAUCCUUAAAAGAAAAUUGUAUUCUUCUUUUCUUCUUUACAUUUUCUUCUAACUGGAAUGUGUUAUGAUGAAUGGAACUGAAAGAACAUUUGUGACUAUGUAAUAUGACAUGAAUGGCAGAGAAAUUAGAAUAGACUUGGGUUUUGGGCUUCUUUAUGGACCUACUCCAUUAUGUAACUUCAGAAUUCUUUUCUGUGUAAAAUAAACUUUUAUAUCUUUAAGACAUUUAUAUAUUG